UUUGUGUGGGCUAAAGUACAGAAAAACCCUCAAAGAUAUAUACGCAUAUAGUGCCCUUUGAAAUCUGAGUCUGGAGUGCGAGAGAGGCCCCUCAACCAUGUUCUAUGGAGCGCUGUUCGACGCCUUCGGUGACCUAUUAGUCGGGCUCUGCAAGAAGUAUGCCGUCUGCUGGAUCGUGCUGGCGGUGACCGCCGUGGGCGUGACCCUGGGCCUGGUCUUCGGCCUCAGGGACAAGGCGGAGGAGCCGCGCCGCAUGGGCGCCGUGGCCUCCAACGGCGAGGGCUGCGCCGAGGUGGGCGGCGCCAUGCUGGACAUCGGCGGCUCGGCGGCGGACGCGGCCAUAGCCACCAUGCUGUGCGAGGGCGUCAUGCUGCCGCACAGCCUGGGCGUGGGCGGCGGCUUUGUGGCCACCAUCUACUCCAGGGAGAUGGGUCACAAGGAGACGCUGGUGGCCCGAGAGACCGCGCCGGCGGCGGCCACGGAGGACAUGUUCGUGGGCCGGGAGAUCACGGGCGCCCUGGCCAGCGCCAUCCCCAGCGAGAUCUACGGCUACUCCAAGCUGCACGCCAAGUACGGACGCCUGCCCUGGAAGACGCUCUUCCAGCCCACCAUCGAUCUCUGCCGGCACGGCAUCGUGGUGUCCAAGUACCUGGCCCGCGUCCUGCUGCGCGACGAGGAGCGCAUCCGCAAAGAGCCCUCCAUGGCCGAGAUCUUCAUCAACCCGAAGACGGACGAGCUGUACAAGACGGGCGAGAUCAUGUACCGCCACACGCUGGCCGAGACCCUGGAGAUCGUCGCCAACGAGGGCCCCGAGGUCAUCUACGGCGGCGGCCGCGUGGGCAGGAAGCUGGUCGAGGACAUCCAGGCCAUGGGCGGCAUCAUCACCGAGCAGGAUCUGCAGAAAUACGAUGUUCGCUGGGAGAUCCCCCUGCACGCGCGCUUCGGCCCCUACGAGCUGAUCACCUCGCCCCUGCCCACCAGUGGGGCCGUGCUGACCUUCAUCCUGAACGUGAUGGAGCCGCUGUACACGACGAACACGGACAAGUACUGGCAGCGGCUGAUCGAGACCUUCAAGCACGCCUACGGGCACCGCACCAACCUGGGCGACGUGCACUUCGAGCCGGAGGUGCAGGAGAUCUACGAGAACCUCAUCGACCCGACCUUCGCCGCGGACAUCCGCAAGCUGAUCCAGGACAACAGGACCUUCGACGACAUGUCCUACUACGGCGCCAACUUCGCCAACGAGGAGGACCAUGGCACGGCGCACAUCUCCGUGCUGGCGCCCAACGGCGAUGCCAUUUCGGUGACCAGCACGAUCAACAGACACUUCGGCGCCAAGGUGCGAUCCCGCCAGACGGGCUUCAUCCUGAACGACCAGAUGGACGACUUCAGCACGCCCGGCACGGUCAACGCCUAUGGGAUACCCGCCAGUCCGGCGAACUUCAUCAAGCCGGGCAAGCGGCCCAUGUCCUCCACGUGCCCCAGCAUCUUCCUGGACAACCAGGGCGAUGUGAAGCUGAUUGUGGGCGGCGCCGGGGGCUCCAGGAUCACCACCUCGGUGGCCCAGACCAUCCUGCGCUACUUUGUGCUCAACGAACCGAUCGAGAAGGCGGUGAAUACGGGCCGCCUGCACCACCAGCUGGCGCCGAACCACGUCGACGUGGAGAAGGAGGUGCCGCGCCACACGGUGGCCUACCUGCGGGGCAUUGGCCACGACAUCAAGUACCUCGAGGAGGACAAGGCCUACACCGCCCAGACGGCCGUCGGCGUGCGUGGCAGCGAGCCGCAUCCCGUCUGCGACCGGAGAAGAGUGGGCAGCGCCGUGAUCGUGGAGCCGGAUCGCUUGGACUAGGUCCUGCGGCUCCGAGGAGGGGCGCACAUCUCAUCCAGGCCCUGGGUCCGCGACCUCCGCCAGCUACAUCCACUUGAAGCCACUGAAAUUUGUUCUGUACUGUAAGAAUUCGUUUGUAAUGAGAUUUUUGUUGUUAACCAUUAAAAUUGUUCGUUCGUAGGAAUCUCUCUA